UGCCGCGGCGCUUCUGGAAGCAAACCGCUCUGGGCCCCGCCUUUGAUCUCGUUGGUCGGUGGGGAUGAGAGCUGCACCGCGUGGGACAGGUCGCCGGCGGCGCCCGACAGAGCAGGAACAGCUGGGUGUGUGGACAUGCGUUUACUGAGGACAGCCUGGGAGGAGUAAAAGACUUGGGUGUGCUGCAGAAGAGGAGGCUGGACUAGAGGCCUGGACUUUUGGGAGCUGGUGACACGGAGUUGGAGAGAGAACAUGGAGCUGGAGAGGAUUGUCAGCGCUGCCCUCCUUGCCUUUGUCCAGACACACCUCCCAGAGGCUGACCUCAGUGGCUUGGAUGAGGUCAUCUUCUCCUAUGUGCUUGGGGUCCUGGAGGACUUGGGCCCCUCGGGCCCGUCAGAGGAGAACUUCGAUAUGGAGGCCUUCAUUGAGAUGAUGGAAGCCUAUGUGCCUGGUUUCACCCACAUCCCAAGGGGUACAAUAGGGGACAUGAUGCAGAAGCUCUCAGAGCAGUUGAGUGGUGCGAGGAACAAAGAGAACCUGCAACCACUGGCUUCUGAGGUCCACAGCCAGGUGCCUGCCUCCCCAAAGCCCCUUCAGGAGCCUGAAAAGCUCAAAGAAGAGACGAGGGCUUCUCCUGCUGCUGGGGACACCCAAGAUGAGGCAGCCAGUGCUGAAGAGGAGCUGCUGCCAGGGGUGGAUGUACUCCUGGAGGUGUUCCCUACCUGUUCAGUGGAGCAGGCCCAGUGGGUGCUUGCCAAAGCUCGGGGGGACUUGGAAGAAGCUGUGCAGAUGCUGGUAGAGGAGAAGGAGGAGGGGCCUCCAGCCUGGGAUGGCCCCAACCAGAGUUCAGACCAGGCUUCCCCUCUGCAGGACCUGCCCAGGCGCCUCAGAGGCCCCCAAAAGGAUGAGCUGAAGUCCUUCAUCCUACAGAAGUACAUGAUGGUGGAUAGUGCAGAGGAUCAGAAGAUUCACCGGCCCAUGGCUCCCAAGGAGGCCCCCAAGAAGCUGAUCCGAUACAUCGACAACCAGGUAGUGAGCACCAAGGGGGAGAGAUUCAAAGAUGUGCGGAACCCUGAGGCCAAGGAGAUGAAGUCCACAUACAUCAAUCUCAAGCCGGCCAGAAAAUAUCGCUUCCACUGAGGCAUUGGCCAGACACUGCUAGAGCCUUCCAGGCUCAGAUCCCAGAGGGAUGCAGGAACCCUACACACUCCCACAGGGCCAUUUAACUCCCCACCCCUUCUCUACCCCUUCUUUCACCUCCUUGCCCUACCAUGUUAACCUCCUCUUGGAGCUGCCUAUGAGCACAGUAAAGGUGGCCCCAAGAAGAUGA